GGUCAACAACACGGCUGACACUUCUGCACCGAAUAUGGACGGCCUGGAUGAGUUUGAAAAGGCGCUUGCUGCAGAGAAAGGAGAAAAGGAGCGUAUUGAGCGUGAAAAGGAAGAGCGAAGACAGAGGAAGAAGCACCGACACCAUCACCGACACGACCGCGAAGACCGCGACAGAGAUUCCCAGCGUCACCGAGACAGAGAUCGAGACCGUGAUAGGCAUCAUCGCCACAAGUCAAGUCACCGCGACGAAGACAAAGAGGAGGAAAAGCGGCAUCGCCAUCAUCGGUCAAGCCGCGCCGACGAUGAUGACAACCACAGACACAAGCGACGCAGGCAUUCAGACGACGAGGAUGAUCACGGUUCACGACGCAAGAGGCGAACCAGCACCGAAGAAAAUACAUUUGCCAAUGUCCCGGAUCCCAAGGAACAGCUUCCAUUGCCAGACGAGGAAAAGACGCCAGAUGCGGUUGCUGCCGACCGUGGGCCACUCGCGAGGGAUGCUUGGAUGACCGCGCCUUCGGCACUGGACGUCGACUACGUGCAGCGUCGCGACAAAGCUACUGAACGGCCGGCUCGGGAAGAAGCCCCUCGUGUGGUGCACGAUCGUGAAAUCAAUCGAGACAUCGGGGACUUGAGUAACAUCAACCCCCUCGACAACGAUAUGCCCUCUGCCCCUGCCGAGCGGAAGGUUACCUACAAGUUCGGGGACCAGGGAUCACAGUGGAGGAUGAUGAAGCUCAGAGCUGUCUGCACCGCGGCAGAGCAGACUGGGCGCUCGGUGGAAGACGUGGCCCUUGAGCGGUACGGCGACCUAGAAGAUUUUGACGACGCUCGCGAAGAAAAGAUGGAGCUAGACAGGCGGAAGAUAUACGGCGAAGGCUACGUCGGAAAAGAACAGCCCACGGGAGACCUGUACCGCGAGCGUCUGGAGAAGCACCGAGCCACGCAGAAGCGAGAAGCAGAAAGCUCCGCGGCGGAACUUGUCCAAGGGGCCGUCAUCCCCGACCCUCCCAUGCAGACGCCGAUGGACCAGACCACGCUCAACCGGUUGCGGGCGCAAAUGGUCAAAGCCAAGUUACGCAGGGCGCCCGACGCCGCAAAGCUGGAAAAGGAAUACAACGAAGCUGCGGCCAGCUUCGCGAAGAACGGGCCUCAGGCGGUGGUGCUCGGCGUGCAGGACAACCGGAUGCUGGCAGGCACGCGGGCAGAGGUCAAGCAAGUCGAGACCAAGAGGGGCCGGGACCGAGGCCAAGUCGAAGAGAAUGAGGACAUGUCGAUCGAGGAUAUGGUCCGCGAGGAGCGGCGGACGCGCGGACAAGCAGGAGGCGAGGGCAUGAGGUUGGCCGAACGGAUCGCCAAGGACUCGCGGUUCGACGACGACCUCGAAUACAUGGACGAGAACGCCGACAAGCUGGCGAAGCGGGUGUACAAGUCGGACAUCAACCUCAAGAACACGGCGGUCAACGAGUACCAGAAGCUGACGCGCAUCCUCGAAAACUGCCCGCUCUGCUACCACGAAGACAAAGGCCAGCUGCCCAUCGCGCCGGUCGUCUCGCUCGGGACGCGGGUGUACAUGACGCUGCCGACGGAGCCGGAGGUCAGCGAGGGCGGCGCGGUGAUCGUACCCCUGGCGCACCGCAAGAACCUGCUCGAGUGCGACGACGACGAGUGGGAGGAGAUGCGCAACUUCAUGAAGUCCCUGACGAGGAUGUACCACGAGAGGGGCCAGGACGUCAUCUUCUACGAAAACGCGGCGGCCCCGCAGCGACACCUGCACGCGGCCAUGACGGCGCUGCCGAUCCCGUACGAGGACGGGGCCAUGGUGCCGGCCUACUUCCGGGAGGCGUUCCUGACGGCGGACGAGGAGUGGUCGCAGCACCGGAAAGUCAUCGACACGGGGGCCAAGGCGGCGGAGGGCCUGGGUCGGAUGGCGUUCCGGCGGUCGAUUGCCAAGGAGAUGCCGUACUUUCACGUGUGGUUCAACCUCGAUGGCGGGUUGGGGCACAUCAUUGAGAAUGCGGACAUGUGGCCGCGGGGCGACCUUUUCGUGAGGGAAGUCGUGGGCGGCAUCGUGGACGCGCCGCCGAACGUCAUCAAGAAGCAGGGUCGUUGGAGGAGAGAAGACCCGAGGGUGGAAGGGUUCAAGAAGGGAUGGAGGAAGUUUGACUGGACACGGAUGCUUACGGAGGAUUGA